UGGAAUUGGGACGGGAGCAGAGAUUGGUCUCAGAAAAAUCAAAGACGAAGAGCAGCCUCCUUCUCUCUCCUUAGACUCCAAAAUUAGGGUUUGGUUUUUCCACUUUGUCUUUUCUUUUUUAGGAGUUUUCUCCACUAGACCUUCAUUUCUAUAAAUUUGUACAUACUGUAGCUGAGUUUCUCUUCACUUUUCACUUUUCUUACCACCUAAUUAAAUUCUUUUCCCCUUUCUGGUGGGGAGUUUGUAUCAUAUGUGUGUGGCUUAGAAACUCAGAACGAAAAUUCGUGGGUCUCUGAGAAAUACUGUUGAGUCUUUUUGCUGGAGUUGCUAGAUUUUUUUUAAGGAAAAAAAAAGAAGGAAAAAUUGGGUCUUGAAAGAUAUUCUGUUUAGAUAUAUUUAUUGCUAAAAAUUUAUUCGGGUAUUCGGGGAAUUCGUUAUUGAUUGUGAUUAUUUCUGGGUUUUAAGAGAAAUUUGUGGUGGGUUUUUGGAAUUGACCUAAGGGUUGUGUGUGCGGAUCUGAGGCUUUAAUUUUUAGAAGGGAAAUCGAAGAAGGCCAUGUCGGUCCCGACAAUAGCACUUUACGCGAGUCCGCCGAGCAGUGUGUGCUCGACGACGCAUACGUGCCAGAUCAAUGGGCAUAUCACUCAUGAUUUCGAGUUAAGCUCACGAUCUUCUACGUCUGCGUCAACUGCAUCUACAUCUCAGAAGCCGGUCGUUGGCGGGCUUUCGUGUAUGUUUUCCUCUCACUCGCUGAAGCAUGCUUCGUCAUCGUCGAGUUUCUCGAGCGGGGGAGAAGAAUUGGGUUCCCUAUGGCAUGAUAGAAGCGAAGAAUUGAGUAGCUCUUUUCGCUAUUCCUCGAGUAAAAUUAAUGGGAUUUCUUUGAGUAAUGAUCAGAGUCCGGUAUCGGUGUUUCAUGGCCCGAUUUCGUAUAACGGUAGUGGGGUUACGGGAUCCGCAAGGAGCCCUCCGAUGAGGAUUUCCCGCGAAAAGAGUAGUAAUGGGGAAACGAAUUCUCACAAUUCAUUUGGCCUUUCUAACGGGUUUGUAAGGGGAGCCCUGGGAUCGUCGUGUGUAGAUUAUGAUUCUAGGAGUAUCGGAAUCGGAGGGGAUGAUUUGGAUGUGGGUUCAUCAGCUGCACUUUUGGAUGAAUUAACAUUCAAUAUAGAGGAUGGAUUUUCGGAAAGCAAUUCUGAGCCUUAUGCCAAAGAUUUGCUUCUGGAUGCACAGUUGAGGCACAAGAUAUUCCAUGAUGAAUUUAUUGUGAAGGCCUUUUACGAGGUUGAAAAAGCGCAUAAAGGGCAGAUGCGAGCAAGUGGUCAUCCAUAUUUGCAGCAUUGUGUGGAAACGGCGGUGUUGCUGGCAUUGAUUGGUGCCAAUUCCACAGUCGUUGCUGCAGGGCUUUUACAUGAUACGCUUGAUGAUUCUUCUAUGACUUAUGGUGAUAUUCGCAUAGCAUUUGGAUCAGGGGUUGCUGAUUUAGUUGGAGGAGUAUCUAAGCUAAGUCAAUUGAGUAAGCUUGCGCGUGAUAACAAUACAGCAAGUAAAAAAGUAGAAGCAGAUCGAUUACAUACUAUGUUUCUUGCCAUGGAAGAUGCGAGAGCUGUCCUCAUUAAAUUGGCAGAUCGAUUACAUAAUAUGAUGACAUUGGAUGCACUACCCUAUGAGAAGCAGCAGAGAUUUGCAAAGGAAACCUUGGAGAUUUUUGUUCCAUUGGCGAAUCGUUUAGGAAUCUCUACUUGGAAGGAGCAGCUUGAAAACUUAUGCUUCAAGCACCUCAACCCUGAUCAGCACGAAGAGCUAUCCUCUAAGCUUCUCGAGUCUUUUGACGAGACAAUGAUUAUUUCUGCCACAAAGAAAUUAGAGAAAUCUCUCAAGGAUAAUUCCAUUUCUUACCAUUAUAUCUCUGGGAGGCAUAAGAGCUUGUAUAGCAUCUACGCCAAAAUGUUGAAGAAGAAGCUUAACAUGGAUGAGAUUCAUGAUAUUCAUGGGCUGCGUUUGAUUGUUGAAAAAGAGGAAGAUUGUUACAAGGCAUUGGAAGUUGUUCACAGACUAUGGUCUGAGGUGCCUAAAAAGUUCAAAGACUACAUAAUUCACCCCAAGUUCAAUGGGUACCGAUCUCUUCACACGGUGGUUAUGGGUGAAGGAACGGUUCCACUUGAAGUCCAAAUACGAACUAAAGAGAUGCAUUUGCAAGCGGAGUUUGGAUUUGCAGCUCAUUGGAGAUACAAGGAAGGUGACUGUAAGCACUCUUCUUUUGUGCUUCAGAUGGUCGAGUGGGCUCGAUGGGUUGUUACUUGGCAGUGUGAGGCAAUGAGCAAAGACUCCUCAUGCAUUGAUUAUUCCGAUUCAGUCAAGCCACCAUGCACGUUCCCUUCUCAUAAUGAGGAUUGCCCAUUUUUUUACAAACCUCACUGUGGGUCAGAUGGUCUGGUUUUUGUUAUCAUAAUCGAGAAUGAGAAGAUGUCAGUUCAGGAAGUUCCAGCAAACUCAACAAUUAUGAAUCUUUUGGAAACAUCUGGGCGGGGAAGCUUGAGAUGGUCUCCAUAUGGGUUCCCAUUGAAGGAAGAACUGAGGCCAAGGCUGAACCAUAAGCCUGUUAGUGAUCCAAUGUGCAAGCUGAAUAUGGGAGAUGUGGUAGAGCUGACUCCAGCUAUACCUCACAAGUCUCUGACCGAGUACAGAGAAGAGAUCCAACGGAUGUACGACCGCGGCUUGACGGUAUCAAGUACAGGGCCAUCUUCCACUGCCUGUAAAAGUUGACCUUGUGUUCUAUUCCCCAAUAUCCAAGUAUAUUAUAUUUAGCAUCAUUUGUUAUUCAUGUACAUAAAUGAACCCAAAAAAAAAAAAAUGUAAAAAACAAAAAUUGUAAAAGAAAAAAAAUAUAUAGUUACCCUGGUCUGUUAUUUAAUAGCUAACUGUAUCAAAGAUGACACCGAAAUGUUUAUUCUUGAUCUCCUACUGGGAGUGCGGCAUCACUUAAAUUUCUUCGAUUCUAAUGAAAUUGGGGUCGCCGCGUGCAACUUGUUGUUUA